AUGUUCACAGGGUGCAGAGUGGUCAGUGGCCAGAACCAGUACAUUACCAGAGACGUUGUCAGGCCCCACCCUGGACUAGAGGUGAACAGACCGAUCCAAAUGGAGAAUGGGGUAACCUCGGGGACCUGCUCUGUCUACCAGGAUCAAACAUACAGCAAUUUUGGCCAGCCAGCAGUGGUGAACAAUGUUUCCAGCCUGCUGACAUCACCACCAGUCCCUCCCCCUGCACUCAAACUAGGGCAAGAAGGAUUCAAGAAAGUCUGCCGAACUGAAGAGGAUAGCCCCUGUCCCUUUCCAGGACUGGCCUCUGGGGUGCUGGAGAUGCGCGUGAAGGAGGGAAGUAAGAUCCGAAACUUAAUGGGAUUUGCCAUGGCAAGGAUGCAGGGAGAGAAGGGUGUAAGUGGGGGAGCAGUGAGUGGUGGCGGACUCAGGCAGGUGGUCUUCACUGGGUCAGGCCGUGCAGUCACAAAGACCAUCACCUGUGCUGAGAUCAUGAAACGAAAAGUGGGCUCUCUGCACCAGCUGACCAAACUGCAGUACAAGGUGGUGAAAGAGGUGUGGGAAAGUACUGAAGAGGGGACGUCUGAGAUGACGGUGCACAGGACUGUGCCCUCCAUCAGCAUCCUCCUUUCCAAAGACCCACUGGAUCCCCAGGAACCAGGCUAUCAGCCUCCAGAGACUCUCAGUGCAUUGUGGGAGGAGAGAGAGAGCGUUGAAUCUUCCUCGCAGACAGCGUGCAAGAGACCUCUUGGACCUUUGCCAUACAGCGGUUUCCCUCAAUCAGAUGAGAGUGAGGUCUCUGGGAUGGUGUGGGAGUUCGCUAUCUCCCAGCCUCCAGAUGGCUCCGUCUUCUCUUAUCUAGAGGAAUGGGUGCUGCCUCAAUUUUUCAACUCGCCUUAUCUGGGAAUCCUUUAA